AUGGCAGUCGCGAAUCAAUUCUUCAGGAUGUUCACAUCACGCGCAAUCUCAGCUGCUACAAGCGCAACAGAGCCGUAUUCAACGGCAUCCUCCAUGGUGGCAUUGACUCGACUGGCCCUGUCACCCAUCAACACCAAUCUUCCUUUUCUUCUUGCAAUUCUGGCUGGUCUGACAGCUGUUGUUGCUGUCCCAGCUGUUGCAUGGAGCUCGCGUACCUGGUUGAAAUUUGCCUUUGCCUUCACAGUCUUGACCAUGGCUGCCGAAAUUGCCAUGGGUAUUUCGCUGUGGGUCAUUUCUCUACUUCCUGUCAAAACGUUCCUGCAGCCAUGGGUCACUGCUUCGAAUGCUGCAAAGCUGGGCGUAGGCCGCACACAAGCUGGACUCAGUGGGAACAUGAUUGCGGCCGUACAGGAUUCCUUCAAUUGCUGCAGUUAUGUUGCGUUGUCCGCACCUGACAAUGCAACAGCUGUCUUGCGAACCUUUGUCACUAGCGCUGCAUGUCCAAAUAUCGAUGUCGCGUCGUCCAAGGCAUACUGCGGUCAGAUCUUUGCCGACAAAUUUGCCAAUCCAUUGCUGUAUGAUCACACUGUCCAUGCCAGCUUGCUAAUGCUAGCAUGA